UAAAACAGCAUGGCUGUGUCAGUUUGUUGUAGGAGCUGACGGCUGCUGUGGAGUCGUGUGUGAACACUCAGCAUUUGAGGGAAUUGUCCUUGUGCAGUGCACCGAGUAUCUACUCAAAUACAUGAUUGGCAGCCCAUCAAAGCUGGUCAGAGCUGCAAGUGUGAGCGAGCUGCCUGCCCCCCGCAGACUGCGCUGGAAAUGUUCUCCAGAGAUUCACAAACUCCUCGCCUCUUCUGCUGACAAACUACAGAGGCAGGUGAAAAAUCUCGACAUGAAUGUCUACAAAUUCUGCGAUUAUGGGAAAGAGUUUAUCAAGAAGCAGAAAAUGAGCCCUGACGCCUACAUCCAGGUUGCUCUUCAGUUAGCGUUCUACAGGUGUCACAGCAGACCUGUAUCGACCUAUGAGAGUGCUUCUAUACGCCGGUUCAAGCAGGGCAGGGUGGACAACAUUCGCUCCGCCACACCAGAAGCCCUGACCUUUGUCAAAGCAAUGACUGAUGGGAAACUGCGCACUAGUGAUACAGAAAAGAUGGAGAUGUUACGAGAUGCUAUAACCGCGCAGACAAAGUAUACCAUUCUGUCUAUUACAGGGAUGGCAAUAGACAAUCACUUAUUAGGACUGCGUGAACUUGCACAUGAAUUGAAGAUGGAGAAGCCAGAGAUUUUCCAAGAUGAAGCCUUUCUCGUCAGUAAUCAGUUCAUCCUCUCUACAAGUCAGGUUCCUACUACUGUUGAGAUGUUCUGCUGCUACGGACCCGUGGUUCCAAAUGGAUAUGGAGCGUGCUACAACCCUCAGUCAGACCACAUCAUCUUCUCAGUGUCCAGUUUCCUUGACAGCCCACAGACAUGCUCAGCAGAAUUUGUCAAGUGCCUGGUGCAGGGACUCAUGGACAUAGGGGAUCUGUGCAAUACAUGUAACUCCAGCUCCAAUACAACACAGAAGAAACAGGGACAGACGCUGGAGACACACACGCAAACAGAGACAAACUGGCAAAGUAAAACACCGCAGAGACCAGCUGAUAAGACCGAGAGUCAGCAAUCACUGCCACAGUUUGUGCUGAAAACACCAGACCAGACCAAAGUGGAGGCUCAAACCCAGACUUCAUCACUGGCAGAGACACCCGCUCUGAAGAACGAAAGUAAAUCAUAGGAAAUGGUCACCGUCAGUGAAAAUAGAGGUGGUGUUCGGUGCUACCACAAUGUAUUCCUCAAGUCAUUCACAAAAUACACUGUAUCUGUGAUGCAAAUUGUUACGUAAAGCUGUUUGUUGUACUGUACUGUACAUUGUAUUAAGUGGCGAUGAUAAUCUAAUUGACUUAUUCUUCGGGAAUAGUAGAGAUGUUUGUUAUUAGAUGUUUUCUGCUGUUGUCAAACACAAAAAUAAUAUACAGCAGUCAUUUAAAUGUAUGUCUAUAUCUUCUGUGUGAAGGGGGGGGAAUCAAGCAAAUGUUGAGAUUAAUUGUGUUAUUUACCAAAGAAAAUUGUAUUAUUGUAAUUGUUUUAUGGUCAAUGGCUGAUGUUCUCACUACGUCAACUUGCAUGCUGCUAUCAAAUAAUUUCCUGAAGAUUAGGGUGCAUUGUAAACUAGAAUCUUCUAUGCAAUUUUCUGUUAUGUUGUCUUCAAAUAUUUUGUCUAUUGCACCAACAAUACAUGUGGUAUUUCGUCCAUAGGUUA